GCAACGCAGUCUUGUCAACUGCCUUGAAGGUUGCUUGCUGUCAAUGCCUGUCGCCAACCGCACAUCUUGCAGUUAAUAAACACCCCAGUUGAUUUCCAACCCGGUGUUGCUAUGGAGGCCAGAUUCGCGACAGGCGACACAUCGUCGCAAAAGCGACCGCGAUCAACCUCGGGCGAUUUCUCGCCGAAUGUCUCCAAAGUCCCUAGAACCCAGUCGAAUCACCUGCACAUCAACUACCUAGCCCGCCAGUACCCGGACAACCUCCCUCUUGUCUCAACAGAAGACAGUCUACCGAAUAUCUUGCGCCUUAUUGGGGAGUAUGAUGGCGUCCUGCAACGACACGAAAGCAUCGCAGGAAACCUCGGCGCAUGUCCCCUAGGCCCAAUCCUGAUGAAACGAUUCGAGCGCUUGUUUGAGGGACCGCCGCGCGUGCUGAAAUCAAACGGGAAAGAAGGUAUUAAUAUUAGUUGGCUGGACGUCGUGGAGUUUGCGAAGAAUAAACCCGAUCAGUUCAACCUGGAAAAGACCCGGAAUGGGGUGCGCGUUUGUCAGUUUUAUACGAAACAAUGCAGAGUGGAAAUCUCGGAGGAGGACCAUGUGUUGAUUGCGUCGGGCAUGCCUCAAAAAUUGAUCCCGCCUCAGCCGAUUGAUGAAGACGAAGAGAAAGAGGUCGGGUCGCUGGAAAUUCUGGAGAAGAAUCUUCAGCAGAUUAUUGCAAUGACGGAUUCUGCUGCUGCACGCGCAAGGCAAUUGAACCAUCGUUUAGAAAGCCGCCGCAAAGCUAUCAUUACUCGCCGUGAAACUGACCGCAACAAAAACUCUCAAAGUCCGCCAUUACCUGAAAACGCCUCUCCUGACAAUUCUACUGGCUUGAACGGAACUACACAUCCUCAAUCUCCGCCCGGCUUUACUGCGGUCAAUAGCAAUGUCGCCAGAACAGCGGAGUCCGGCGAGCAGUCUUCCAGCCUUUCGUCCCACUUCAUGCUAUCUCACCCGAAUACAGAAAACAUCACUAUCAUCAACGGCACCAACAUCAAAGGAGCUUCACCCGCAACUCGCGAGGAGCUUAUGAAGAAAUUCUUCACUACCGCGGACCGCACAGCCCGUGGUUUAGACGUCGAACCUGCAUCAUCAUCAUCAUCAUCAUCAUCCCUUUCAAAACAAGCCUCGCGCCAUCGUCCCAGAGGCUCAGAUGCAUCAUCUGACUUACCUGCUGCUGCUGUAUUCGGCAGCUCUGCAGGACCAGGAACAGUAGCCAUCCCGAACACACCAUCAUCUCUACUUCCACAACCGAAACCAAUUAAUCACUAUGAGCGCGAUGAUGGAGGGCCCUUUAAAAUGGAAAUGGUAGCCCGCAUGGACGAACUCCAACGCGGCGAACGGAUACUCCCUCCUUGCGAUCGCUGCCGUCGCCUUCAUAUGGACUGUCUCAAAAAUCUAACCGCGUGCGUAGGCUGUACAAAGAAACACGCCAAAUGCUCGUGGAAGGACGUCAAAGAGGAUGAACUCCGCGACAGUCAACUGCGAGUCCAAACACGCGAGUUGGGUACACAUGCCCCAAACAGCACCGAAACAAACAACCACAACCCCCACAAUAGUCCUGACCACCGUGAUACAGACCAUCCACAUAUCCCGCCAAGCGUAACAUCAGUCGCCAGCAGCGGACGCGCAGAGUCGACAUCCAGUGUACCGAUCCAGUCGGAAACGCUCGAUCUACCACCCCUCCGCCGCACAAACAGCGAAAUCCAUGCUGUGAUGUUAAACAAUAACGAUAGCAAUCCGCACAACCAUGACCAGGGUGGUUAUGAUCGGCGCAGUAUACACCAACGAAGCAUGGCCUCACACAGUAAUCGCGAUGAGGACGAUAAUCUGAUUCAGGCAAUUCGCGAUACUGUGCAGUCAUGGAAGUAAAUUUUCUUCUUCUUCUUUGCUUGUGUUAAUGAUACCACUGUCUAUAUCUUCAUACCU